AUGGUCAUCGCCGCCAGCAAGCCCUUCUUCGUGCUGGUGUCCUACCUGCAGCCGCACAUCCCGGUGUUUGCCAACUCCCGGUUCAAGGGGUCCAGCCGGCGCGGGGCCUUCGGCGACAUGAUGCACGAGAUGGACGACUCCAUCGGCCGGGUGAUGGCCGCCCUGGAGGAGCGUGGCCUGACCGGUGACACGCUUGUGGUUUUCACCUCGGACAAUGGCGCCUGGCCGGAUGCCCGCGAGCCGCUGGUCGAUGAGGACCUCUCGGAUGACCAGCCGCAUGGCGGGUCCAACGGUCCCUUCCAGCAGGGCAAGGGCUCCACCUGGGAGGGCGGUGUCCGUGAGCCGACCAUCAUUUCCUGGCCCAACGGCUCCAUCAAGUCCGGGGCCACCAGCAUGGAGAUUGCCUCGCACAUGGACGUCCUGCCGACCGUCCUGGAGGCGGCCGGUGUGUCGGUCCCCACCGACCGGACCAUCGAUGGUCGGAGCCUGCUGCCGCACAUGCGUGGUCUCACUUCCUCCGGGCCGCAUGAUGCCUACUUCUAUUGGCGCGAGCGCGAGGUCUAUGCCGUCCGUCUGGGCCGCUACAAGGCGCACUUCGUCACCCGGCCCGGGUUCGGCAACGACCGGCCGGUGCGUCACAACCCGCCGCUUCUCUUUGACCUGGAGGCCGACAUGGGCGAGCAGUAUCCCCUGGACUCGGCCGGCCGCUAUGCCGAUCUGAUUGCCGACAUGCGUCGUCGCGUGGCCGAGCACCGGACCACCAUCGAGGCGGUUGAGCCGCAGUACGAGUUCGGCGGGACCAUCCUGCCCGGCGUGGACUUCUCCGUGGUGCCCUGCUGCAACCCGAUGGCCCUGCAGGAGUUCACCAUCGAGCAGCUGGUCAACGACCACUGGGAGCAGUGCCGUUGUGACUAUCUUUCGGGCCAGGCCCCGGCGUCGCCGGAGGAGGGCACCACCGGCGAGUCGGCCACCGAGGCCGAGCGCUCGGUUCGUCGCACGGCCCAGGAGCUCCUGGCCGCCGACCUGACCCGUGGUGGGCACUCGUCCACGGCCGCUGUCAUGGCUGAGCUUCUGCUCAAGCAGAUGUCCGGCCCGCGCCACACUUGA